GACGUUGAUCACAACAGGCGACACUCGGCGACGAAUGCGUAUUGCGUAGUGACGAGUGAGCGCUGGUCUGUCGCGUUGUGGGUUUUGGGGUUUUUACGUGCCUCAACGCUGGACAUAAUCGUAAAUUUGUCUGCAGUGUCAUGUUUGAUCAUAGCAAAGUGAUUUCCAGGAUGGUGUAGCAAAUACGGAUUCCCAACAACAACAUAUUACACGUUGAAGCACUUGAGGAAAUUUUUCAACCGAGCUGUGUCGCUAUUUGCGACUUAAACUGCAUCCGAGUCAGAGCAAAGUAUUGCGAUAGAAGGACGUUUGGUUAUAAGGGUCUUAUAACAUCCACCCCGAAACACCUCAGGUGUAAAAAACACUGAUCUCUGUAUUAAUUCGAUGCGAUAUGGUAUAAACAGCCUUGUCACCCUUGUGACCCUUGUCACAAAUAGAAGUCAUGUUGCUUGUGAUCAAUUUGACAAAUUUAACAUGGCCGCUCACCCGAACUUGCGUGUGUAAUAAGUGGUUCAAUGUACCCGAGUGCAGUAAUUUUCUCAGAAAGAAACGCUCGACGACCUUACAGAAUUCUCGGAGGAUGCUUUCGAUCGAUUACUUCGAAAAUUAAUCCGAUUUUCAUCAAUCAAUUGCCAGCAGGAUUUCGACUGAAGUUUACCAACAUCCAUUUGGAACACUCGUCUUUGGAGUUUUACCUGAUUAAUCAUUUCACAGCAAAGAAUUAUAUGCUGGCGUGGGGAACUGCAGUUAUGGAGUUACAGAGCUGGCUACUUUACCAUCUCGUAGCAGUCACCGACUGUAAUCAAGUGAUGCAGUCCGCAGCUACGGGUGGCGGAGUAUUUCCGGCUGGUAGUAGCGGCAGCAGGGCUCGAGAUCUGGGGCUUCGGGCCCAGAAAAAGAUCCUGGGACGAGUCGUAUCGACUGGAGCAGGGAGAUCGUUGCUGAUCGACGACGCGACCACGUCCUUGCUCGACAAUCUUUAUAGACUUGCCGAAAGAGCAGCGAAAAGCAAUCCGGCCUUGGAUAGAAAACAGCCCGAAAAACUUCUCAAAAAUAUCGUCAAGUUGUCGAUCAAGAUCGGCCUUUUGCAACGUAAUCAGCAACUGGAAGCAUCAGACGAGCCAAAAAUCGUAGAGAUCAGAGCAGCGCUCAGGGCUGUCGCAAUGGCUGUCGUUUCUUUUCACGAGCUGGAGUUCAGCUUCGAUAAUUCGUAUUUGACGCGAUCUUUGGAACGAUGUAGAACAGCUGUACAAUCAUUGAUAAAAGUGCACCUAACGGGAAAAUCCCAGGAUCGGUGCGAUCAAGUCUUUGACUUUUUGACCCAUCCGGAGUUUCUUGAAGCUAUUUUCAGACAAAAUUCAGAACUCAGACCAACUCUUGGACUCCUAGUCAGUGACAUUAACAAAGCUCUCGAUGCUGGUCACCUAUGAUUUGGAAUAUUCGCGAUAUUACGGCUGAAUAAGCAUUACUCAAAUGUCCAAACGAUAUUGUAAGAAUAAGGUUGAAUCAAGGGUUUCAAAGGGUAUGCAGAAGAAGGAAAAGUCCUCAAGGUAUAAAAUACAAAGCAUAAGCCCCGUGAUCCUUCCCGAGGAUGUUAAUGUAUCCGGAUUUAGUCAGAUUUAUUUAUUCACCGGGUUUCGAGCGUUAGGCGUUUAUCGUUUAAUCUACACUGCAGGGUAUAGUCGUGACCGUAAGUGAUUUAUAACGUAAACGUGCUCAAUAAUUCGGUAUGCAAUAAUUAUGGAAUACUCCCUUUAUUCUAAGUAGAUUUAUUGUACUUUAUUGUCUCCUAUUUAUUCCAGUUGGUAAUUAAUCAAAGUUACUUGCACUCGGUGUUAACAAUACCAAUUAUAAUGAAACCAAAUAGGAAGGUGAAAAACGAAAGUGAAAAUGAAAAUGAAGCCCUGAAACCUUGUCCCCGAUAUCAACACUACAUUCAGGGUUUUGAAAAAUGUCUUAAAAGACGCUGACUCAAUUUUACAUACCGCAAAACAAAUGAAAUACACAUAUCAUUGCAUAUCAUGUAUACAAUGCAUUUAACGCGAAACUUAGUGUAAAUUUUUGUACAUACGUAGGCACACCUAUUUCGCAUAGUCAUGAAACACUCGCAUUAGUCUCACCACAUCACAUGCACCGGGAUUUCCAAUGUUAGUUAUUAAUAUCGGGUCUAACCCAGCACUCGGAUAUGUAUUUACACGUUCAAAGUAUCUUAAAUACAUGUAUAUUCAAUGAAGGUUUGAAAAAACGUCAAAGAAAAAAAACACAAUUUUUACACAAUAUACACCCACUUUACACCUUACAUUAAGUAACAAUUAUUAUCGAAAAAAAUGUUGUAUUAAAAGAACGUUAAUAAAUUAUUUGUAAACA